AUGACACCACACAGUGGGGUCACCCUACUGAUGUUGGCUGCCACGUGUCUGCUUCUGCCAUUGACGGUUUCAUUCAGCAGCCACGUUGAAGCCACCGCACACGGCGAACAACGAUUCGCGCUCCUGGACUGUCCACCGGAGUGUAUGUGUAACCGUGUUUCGGAGAAAAGUGUCCCGAAACGUGAAACAUCCGACGCCCAACAGCAAAACGAUACGUCAUCGGAUGUUGGGUCUGAUAGUGACGACGCUACUUCAACCGUACACGCCCUGUGUAUGGUGGGACAGGGGGCGAGCUUUGUGAAGAUUGAGGACCUACUGUCGUUGGACACGAGCGUCUUGAAGCUAAUCUACACCUCCCAAACGGAACGCUACCAAUUGAAUGCCUCGAAUCUGGAACGAUUUGCCCAGCUGCGGCAGCUGCACAUCCAAUCGGUUAACCCACAUCUGCUACGUUUCGAUAUCGAUGCCAGCCUGCCUGUUGAACGGCUUCACCUGGAAUCGCUCGAGCUGAUACGGAGCGAGCUACCGAACGUGCUCGAUCGUAUCGUUCCUUCGAUGGCGGAACUGGGCCUUCAGCCGCCGUUGUCCAGUGGCCAGGAGCAGGCAGCCAGCGCGUACGAGAUCGUCGAUCACGAGCAGGAGCUCGUGAACGAUGAGCACGCCAACACCCUGAUUGAAACGUUCGAACUCGAAAUCGUUCCGUACGAGGUGUACAAGCGUGACAUGGCCAGUACCAACAACGUAUCAUUCUACGGAUGGAACAACCUGACCGAACUCUUCAUCCACGAUUGCCGGCUCGACUCGCUUCAUCCUGAUUUCCUGUACGGUCUCGAGCGCCUCCAACGCCUUUCGUUGCAACACAAUACCCUGAAAGUGUUGCCACCGUUCGCGUUCUACGGUGCGCCGAACGUACGGCUCCUGUCGCUCGCCAACAACCGGCUACUAGAGGUCAGCUACUACUCGCUGGCCGGUUUGCUCGAGCUGCAAGUGCUCGAUCUGUCGGCGAACAACAUUUCCAAGGUAUCCGAGCUUACGUUUCCGCCCUUCCCGAAGCUGGCGAAGCUCGAUCUGCGCGAAAAUCCGAUCGAGUACGUAUUCGACAGCUCGUUCGUGAUUGCCAACAUGACGCGCUCGCUGUUCAUCGGUAGCGCGACGGUCGGGCUUCAGGUGGCCACGCCGAAACCCUUCCAGGGGCUCGCUCAGAUGGAGGUCCUCGAGAUCCGCAACCUUCAGUUGGACUCGCUCAAUCAGUACCUCUUCCGUGGGUUGCGUGCCCUACGUACGCUGCGGCUGCUCGACGGCAACAUUUCGUUCGUCGAGUACGACAGCUUUGCCGAGAUGAAGAACCUGACCGAUCUGCAAGCCAUCCGGUGCGCGAUCGGUGCCAUCUCGAUGGAUGCGUUUUUCGGUGUCAAGCGUCUGCGCACGAUCGACUUGUCGUACAAUCUGCUCACCGAGCUGCCGGUCGGACUGUUUGAUGAGCAGCUGCAGCUGGUCGAGUUGUAUCUGCAUGGCAACCAGCUGACGCAGCUUCCGAGCGAGUUCUUCCGCCGGCUCGCCCCAGCGGUCCAGUUAGUGCGGUUAACCGACAAUCCCUGGCUUUGUAGCUGCGCGAUGAGCGACUGGCGUCAGGCGACCACCAACCGCCUGAAGGUGGCCACCGGCGGCGGAGGCGGGCCGCCUGCAUUCAUUUACAGCAACAAGCUGACGCCACGCUGCAGCGACCCGACGCACCAGAUCCACGACCGUAGCGUGUACUACGUCAUUCGCAAGAACCUUCCCUGCAACGUCGACGAGGGCAAGUACGCCAAGAUAGCGUUGCGCAUCAGUGAGCUAAACCGUCGCAAGCAGCUCAUGCUGCUGCAACAGCGAAACGCUGCCAGACACCAUGGAUCGCACGGCACCGCCCCGGUAAACGGUGCACCACCAGCGCCUGCCUUCGUGCCUCCGAUGGCCGGUGAGCGCCACAGAUCGUUGCUGUAUGAGGAGAAACGUCGACGUUUGUUGCAAAAGAAGCUCCAAAAGGGCCACCACCAACGUGGCGAGGCCGAUGACCAUCGGCACCAGCAGUCGCCACCGCAAGGGCAACAGCAGCACCACCGGAUCGUGAGCAACGAGCUCGAGUACUAAGGCUUAUUUGUUUC